AUGUCCUCCUACCCGUCCUCCAGCACGGUUUUGCGUGGAGUGGUUGCCCAAGUCGUGAAUCCUGGUGUUCUUACCCCAGGGCAAAGCAGAAGUGCCGCAAAUCCUGGACCUGGUGGUCUUACCCCAGGUGUCCUUGCCCUAACCAGCCGUGUCAAAGUGACCGUGACCGAUGUGCCCGGUUACGGUACUUUGACACUCGAAGCAGACAGCAAUUGGACGUUGGAUGAUGUAAAAAGAGUGCUGGCUAGGGUGAUAGCAACCAACGAGGUCCACAUCCCGUUGGGAGACUGGGGUUUUCAUGCGCUGACGCGCUGCACCCCAUACAACAUGCCGGUUUCCCAUUUGAGGCGGGAAGACAUGCCCUUGCGCUUUUGCUGGCAUGAGUGGACAGACAGCUGGAGACACUCGCAGCAGCGCUGA